AUGACUAUAAAAAGUCUAACAAGCAGCAAAAAAAUAAUAAAUAUUUUAAAUAGAUUUGGACAUUGCUGUAACUAUACCACUCUAGAAGAAUUAGAAACAGAAGCAACUAUCUCAUCAGUACGUCAAUCCCAAGUUUGUCCUCCAGACAUUAUUUUAAAUCCUUCGCUAUGCACCGGUGUAGCAUUCGAUAAUUUCGAUAGAUAUGUUGACACGUUGAAUGGAAAAGAAACUUUACAUGACACUGUGGGGAUUAUAUACCAAAACAUUGAUAGUUAUUCCUGUAGUGGAUUUAACCAAGAUUAUGGUAAUGCAAACUCCGAAAAUGUGUCACCAACAAGGCCACCUCAAAAAGAAGAAGAACUUUGA